UUCGAACGUCAAAAACGCUCGCCUUGCCCUGCGGGCUGUCACCCGUGCACGACAUUUGCAGACUGGGUCUGUUUACCCAUUGUUGUCGCAAUUGUGGGGCGCCUUUUAUCGUUCUUGCUAACAACCCGUACGGACGCGUCGUCGCCUUCGUCGUCGUCGUCGUCGUUGUCGAUUCGUCCUCGUCCGAUUUCGCGAGAAAAAACAAGAAACAAGUAAAAGCAAAGAAGUGCAUCAUCAUCAUCAUUGUCGUCUUCACAUAGGGAACGUUUUUUUGGUUGGUGUGUUGCGGGCAGCAGCAGCAGCAGCAACGCGAUAACAUUCCACUACAUAGUGCCGCGUGUGUGUGUGUGUGCGCGAAGGAGUGGAAAGUAAACGAACUGUAACCGAUAAAAGUGUGUCUCCCUGCCCUGAUGUGCUUGUGGCUGUAGCCGUGCUGGGGCCGAAAUAAGAAUAAAAAAAAACCCUAAAGUGAUCCGUGACCAAGGAGAAGAAGAAGAAGAAGAAGAAGAAGAAGCAGCAAACGUGCUAAGUUUGUGAAGGGAGGGUUUUGAGACUCCCGGGGCCUAUCGCCCAAUCGAAGUAAGCUGGUUUUGGUGGUGCCUGCCGAGUCGAACCCUGCCCAAAGGCACGACAGUCUGUGAAAUUAAAGCAACACCUGAAAAAGUGUGUAAAAUGUGCGUCGUGGUACGGUGGAAUCGACCGGCGAUACUGUAAAGCCCCCCUCCCACCCCCUACUCCUACUCCUACGUGCCGCGGGAAGCACCAAUGUGGCACCACUACACCGUGACAGCGCCACCCACCGCAACAACAACAACAACGACAACAGCUGAUCGACGCAAACGACGGAUGCACUUUUGCCGCUUGGUGGUGGUGGUGGUGGUAAUAGUGUUGGUGGUGGAUGCGCUUUCCACCGGUGGUGCGGUUCUGCUUACGGACGACGGGAACCGGCGGCGCUGAAUUCCCAACCCACAAGCCCACACAGAGCAGAGCAGAGGGGGAGGGCUAGAUACUCUAGUGGCAGCGUGGCAAUGACCGAAUCGUUCCCGUCGGCACUCGGCGGGCUCGGUAUGGCCGCCAUCAAGCAGCACCAGCAACAGCAGCAGCAGCAACAACCGCCCCAGCAGCAACCGCACCACCAUCAUCAUCCGCACCACCACCAGCAGCAGCAGCAGCAGCCGGGCGCGAUGUCGAUCGAGAAGCUGGUGCGCGUGGGCUACUACGAGCUGGAGAAGACGAUCGGCAAGGGCAACUUUGCGGUGGUGAAGCUCGCGUCCAAUGUCAUCACAAACUCUAAGGUUGCAAUUAAAAUAAUCGAUAAAACAUGCCUGGACGAGGAGAACCUGGCGAAGACGUUCCGCGAAAUAUCGAUACUGAAGGUGCUGCAUCAUCCGCACAUAACGCGCCUGUACGAGGUGAUGGAGUCGCGCAACAAGAUCUACCUGGUGACGGAGCACGCGGCGCAGGGCGAAAUCUUCGACCACCUCGUGGCGAACGGGCGCAUGCGGGAGGAGGAGGCGGCCCGCAUCUUUUCGCAGAUCGUGGCGGCCGUCGACUACUGCCACCGGAAGGGCAUCGUGCACCGGGACCUGAAGGCGGAGAACGUGCUGCUCGACACGGACAUGAACGUGAAGCUGGCUGACUUUGGCUUCAGCAACACGUUCGUCGAGGGACAGCCGCUGCGCACGUGGUGCGGUUCGCCGCCGUACGCUGCGCCCGAAGUGUUCCAGGGUGUGGAGUACGAUGGGCCAAAGUCGGACAUCUGGAGCUUGGGCGUGGUGCUGUACGUGCUGGUUUGCGGAGCGUUGCCGUUCGACGGCACGACACUGCACGAUCUGCGCAGCGUGGUGGUGGCGGGCAAGUUCCGCAUCCCGUUCUUUAUGUCGCAGGAGUGCGAGCAGCUGAUCCGGCACAUGCUGGUGGUGGAGCCGGAGCGGCGGUACACGCUGAAGCAGAUCGCGCACCAUCGAUGGUUGGCGCAGUACAACUCGAUCCCGAUGCUGGAGGCCGGGGACUACGGGCUCGGCAGUGCGGGUGGACCGGUGGUGCGCGAGACGGAGAACCUGGACACGGUCGUGAUGACGCACAUGCUGCAGCUGCCGGGGCUGACGGCGGACAUGAUUGCGCAGUCGGUGCACGAGAGCCGGUUCGACCAUAUCUACGCGAUCUACAACCUGCUGGUGGACAAGCUGCGGCAGAAGCGGAAGGAGAAGGGGCGGCUGCAGCACCACGCCAGCCUGGCGUACUCGCGCUCCCGCAAGACCAGUAUUACGACCGGCGUGGUCGACCGGACCGAGGUGAUCAAGAACGAUUCGCUCGAACGGUUGAGCCCGCUGACGAGCGUCGGCUCGACCAUACUGAACAUAUCAUCCGGGCUGGCGGGGUCGGAGGAGCUGGAGAAGUACGAUCAGGACACGGCGACCACACCGACCGGCGGUGCACCGGCGAGACAGUCGGACGUUGGGACGACUCUUGGUAGCGAUCAGCAGCAGCACCAGCAGCAGCAUCCGCAGCAUCAACAGCAGCAACAGUAUCAACAACAUCUUUUCCCACCGCCAAGCUGCCAUGGGGCAAAUGGGGCGGGCGGUGGUGGUGGUAAUACACGGCGGCACACGGUCGGACCGGGUGAUGUGGCGCACGAGCAGGUACUGGUCAACCCGAACGUGGUGCCGAUCAGCUUCAAGAUUGGGCCGCACGAACCGCCGGUCCCGCCGACACCGAACGUGCCGAUCAACAUUCCUUCGCUGCAGAACCAACCAAUCCACAAUCUGACCAUCAAGGAUCAGCAUCUGCUCAAGCCGCCGACUGUGAUGGGUGCAACGAGCUCCUUUGGCCGCCGGGCAUCGGAUGGUGGAGCGAAUCUGCAAAUUUACUACCCUUCGUCGUCUACCAACUUCCACGAUCAACAUCAUUCACACCAGCAGCAGCCGCAACAGCCGCAGUCACAGCAGUCGCAACAGCAGUCGCAACAGCAGCAAGGAGAUGGAUCGUUGCUGGGUGCGAGUGGGCCGACUUCCGCCCUUGGACCGAUUAGCGGCGCGGUAAACAAUUCCACGCUCAUGAUGGACCACGUGAUGAUGCUGCAGACGCCCAACAGCGAGGGCACGGAUGAUUCGAAUGAUGAAAUUCAGAGAUACAUGCAUGGACGCGGUUGCACCAAACGGCAUACCGUCGGCUGUACGGAUGAUCUGUCCGCCGGGAACGCGUCACCGAUGGAACCUCCGCAGGCACACUCGCCGGCCCCGUCGGCGGGCGGCACAAGCAGUACCGGUGCGGGCGGUGGAGGCCGCACUCGGCGUACCGGUCUGCUGACCGUGAUGGAACGUCCGCCCGUGAUAAGCCCGGACCUGAUACGGGAGGUGGAGGCACGCAUGAACCGCGACUAUUUGCCACCCUCGCUGCUGCCGCCCGUCUGCUCGCAGGCAUCGUCGGCAAUGGUCAAGCACCACGGUCCACUGGACGGCAUGGGAGGACCGCACGGACCCCAAUCGCACCCGCCCCCGAUGGUCUGUCCACCAGCCGUGCCGACGCCACCACCGGCUCACCAGCAGCCCCUACAGCAGCAGCAGCAGCAGCAGCAGCAGCAGCAGCAGCAGCAACAGCAGCAGCAGGCGGUAGUAGUGGUACAGUCGCAGCUCUGUAACCGACGCUACGCCACCCGCACAUGUAAGCUCCCGACGGUACAGGAAAUUGGCCGUUACAGCCCGGUGCGCCGCGCGUCCGAGGGCUCCCGCAUCACGUCCCAGUUCCAGGGCCCGUUCCAGGAGUGCCAGCAGCUGCAGAAGGGUCUGCACGCGGCCGCAAUAGCGGCGUCGCAGCAGCAGCGCAGCAACAAUCUGCUGAUAACGCCGAGUCCGCCGCUCGCGGACAACUCCGUCAGCCUGCCCGGCUCCCCGAUGCACUGCAAAGCGUUCGUGGACGAGCGGAGCAGUGCCGGCGCCACCGCUGGAACCCUGCCCGACAUUACCGUGCCGCACGACGUGCUGCUGUCGCUGGUGCCCGGGCUGGAGAAGCUGGUGCAGGAAAAUCGGCUGCAGAUCGACACGGCCAACAGCAUCCUGCACACGCGCACCAUGCCGUACGAGGUGGGCCACCAGCUGGGGCUGGUGCGGGGUGGUGGUAGCCCCGCAGGAGCAGGAGGUGGUGGGACGCUGCUGCUGGAUGCCGGCAUGAAUCUGUUGCAGCUGCAGCACAGCCAGAGUGUAUCGCCGCUGAAUGCAACGCUAAGGCAUCAUGGUGGUGGUGGCGCUGGUGUAGGGGCCGGUUACGGUGGUGCAGGAGGACGGCCCACCGGCUUCCCGAUGCUGGGUGGCGGCAUGCAACCGAGCUACAUUGCGGGCGGCGGCGGCGGCGGCGCGUUUGGCAAUCCGUACGCGUUCCAGAACCUGAUGGCGGCACCGGGCGGCGCAAUGUCGACGGUGAACGCUUCCAGUACGGGAAUGUGCCAUCUGUCGGGGCUGGAGUACCCGGGCAGCAACAGCAACAGCGGCUGUCCGUCUCCCGUGUACUACGCGAGCGGUUGCUCCUCGCCCAUCCUGCCCGGUCCGCCGGCCUCGAUCGUGAGCGGCUGCAGCGGGAACAUGAGCGGCAGUGGGAGUGGUAGCGGUGGUGGUGGGACUGGUUCGGCAAGCGCUGGUGGUGGUGGUGCUGCCUCCCCAAUGCAUCAAAUUACGCGUGGCAUCAGCACGUUGAAUACGGGUGGCGGUGGUGGCAGUGCCACCGGCAGCACCACAAUGGCGGGCGGUUCGAUUACGCGCGGCACCUCGUCCGCGGUGACGGCCGCCUUCCCGCCCUCGGUGGCCUGCAACGAGCCGCUCGAUCUCAGCAUGGACAUCGUGAACAGCGUGGAGAUCGAUUUUUCCGGCCGCAUAGUGGGGGGCUGCUACUCGGGCGCCACCACACCGGUCAACUACUUCGAUCCGAAGAACUACGGGCUGCUGCCGCCACCGCCACCGCAAACGAUGCGCAUCUGUGCGACGCCGCCCACCUCGCCCAACAACCUGUGCAUCAUCCAGGAGGAGCACCCGACGGCGACCGGGACGACUGCCGCCGGAGGGGCAGGCACCGCGUUCAAGAGCCACUCGGCGAACGGGUCGCCGGAGGAUCUUAGCUUCCAGCACACGCACCCACAGAUCUGCCUGACGGACGUGCAGGGCAGCGAGAUCACGCUCGUCGCGCUGUCCGACUCGAGCCACGGCGAUAGUGACGAUUCGCUCAACUGUCCGACCGGGGGCAGCAGCGCCACGACGAGCGGGCUCGGCUUUUCCGGGCUGCUCAUUACCGAGCCGGCGAGCGACAUGCCGUCGAUAACGCGGGGCGUCGGGCGGAAGGCAAGCCUCGACACGGAGAACAACUCGACGGCGACGGCGAGCAGCAACUCGGCGAAGCUGGACACGUCCGACAUUAGCGAGUCGUACGUGCGGCGGGGCAGCGAUAAGUCGCUCGGGUUUAGCGACGACAGUCUGAGCAACGAUUCGAACCAUUCGAACCUGUCGCCGAGUCAGGAACCGUCGGCUGCCAGCUCGGGCUUCAAGAGUGCCGACUCGUACUCGGAGCAGGACGGUGGCCGGCUCAGCCCGGACUCGCUCGGCGAGGGGGGCGCGCGCAGCUCGGACGAAUGCUACGAGCUGCCGCUGCCGCAGGAAUGCUCCUCGCUGGACUCGGCGCGCAUACUGGAGAUGGUGAAGCGGACGCUCGACUCGACGAUGCCGCCCAAGGGCUGCGUUUACGGUGUGACGGGCAGUGGCGGAGGUCAUGGCAGCAAAUCGGCGAGUGGGAUGGAUUCGAAUCCGCUGGGCGAUGGUGGUGGUGGUAGCAGAUCGACCGCUGCUGGCGGAGAGGAUCGAUCGAGCCAUGGUGCCCUCGGCGGUGCGGAUGGAGGAGCGACUGGGUCGGUUCGCGGUGGCAGCGGGGCCAAUUCCGAGGCACGGUCCAACCUGAGUCUGGAGUUUUCCGGCGGCCUGCAGAUCGAGCUGCAGGUGUACGAGGGCCGCAACAGCAAGGACAGCAAUACGAGCAAGGGCAUCAAGCUGCGGCGGAUCUCGGGCGACCAGUACGAGUACGGGAAGCUCUGCCAGCAGCUCAUUACCUCCCUGACGGUGUAGACUGCUUUUAUGUGUGUUUUUUUUUUUUUU